GAAGAAAAUUGUUGGGCUUAAUUUCUCACCAGUUUCUCUUCUCCAAACAAGCACGCAUUAAAAGUCCCACCCGUAAUAAUCACCCAUCCGCACCCUGACCUCGCCCCUCUCACGCGGACGCGGCGGGGGAUCCCAAAUCUUGUGCCCCGGAGACCUCCGGAUUCCGCGACGCAGCAACCUCUCCUGCCCGCGGCGGCCGGCGGGCGCGGGAGAGAGCUGCUCGCUUGGAGGAUCCCCUGCCCAAAUCUUCCGUCUACUGAUAGGUUUGGCGCGAGAGACAAGUGCUCCUCCGCUUAUUCCUCAAAUUCUGCGCUGUCCAAAUGGGGCUGCAGCAAUCCAAGGAGGAGCUGCUGUACCAGCAGGUGAAUUACGGCAACAUCGAGGGGAUUCGGACCCUCAAGGCGCAGGGUGCAGGCGUUGAGUGGAUCGACAAGGAAGGGAAGACGCCCCUCAUGGUCGCCAGCAUGCGCGCUGAUCUGCACAACGUGGCUAAACUUCUGCUUGAGUUGGGCGCAAAUGUGAAUGCAUACCGGCCUGGAUCACACAAUGGAACUGCAUUGCACCAUGCUGCCAAGAAAGGGCUUGAGCUGACUGUCCAUUUACUCCUCUCACAUGGAGCUAACCCCUUUAUAACAAAUGAUGAUUGCAAUACUGCACUUGAUCUGGCUAGAGAAAAGGGCCAUGUGAAUGUUGUAAGGGCUAUAGAGGGACGGAUUUCUCUUUUUUGUGGAUGGAUGAGGGAGAAUUAUGGUCCUGGUUUCUUGGAAGCGUUCGCUCCUCAGUUCCUGACUAGAAAGAUUUGGGCGGUGAUUUUACCUCGUGAAGUAGGGAACCCAACGAGACCUGUCAAGCUUGAGUUGGCCAUAUAUCCUGAUUUGCAGGCUGCUAAACCUCGUGUUGUAGUUAAACUUUGGAAAUCUCAAGUUGAGCAACCAAAGUAUAAUCUGGCUGAUCCUUCCAUGACAAUUUUUGACAAAGUUACAAAAUCUCGAUACAAGAUUUUAUCGGCGAAUGAAGGUGACAAGCAGCAGAUUCGAUCAUUUUAUAGUGCAUGCUGUGGCAUGGCACAGGUUGCCAGCAUGGUUCCUGCACGACCAGUGAGUGCCCCAACUCCAAAUCCAUUACCAAUAAAUUCAUGUUCAGCAGCUUCAGGGUCAUCCACUCCCAGUAAGGAGGAUGUUGAGUUAGCGAUGGCUAUCAAUGCCUCCAUCCAAUCUGCUAUAGCAGAGGGAGUGCCCGACCUUCAGCCAGUGACAUCAACUACAAACAACAGUGGCUGGGCAAACAAGGCGAACAGCUCUCUCAAUGGGUGGGGCCCACCAGACUCUACCACACCUUCAAAGAUGAGUGGCCAAGUGCAGAUUGAUGCCCCAAGCAGCAGCACAUACAAUGGAUGGGACAUGCCUGGAACAAGCUCUAACCAAAGUUUAUCAAGACCUCACAAAAGUCAAAACAACCCUUUGACUGUGAUUCCACAGGUGGCACCUCUGGCUCUUCCAACACCAACUGUACCUCCCGUUCUUCCAACACCAACUGUGCUUCCGGUUCUUCCAACACCAACCGCGCCACCACUUGCUGAAGGAACCUUCUAUGCUGGCCCUGUUCAGUAUCCUUCCAUAGAUUUCACACCAGUUGAUGUAACCAUGCCACAGACUGAAGGUGAUACAACUGUAAACUCUGCAAAAACUGGACAAAAUGAUGCUGAUACAAGCAGCAGUGGCAACACUCCUUCGGGAACUUGUGUGAUUUGCUUGGAUGCUCCUGUGGAAGGAGCCUGCAUUCCAUGUGGGCACAUGGCUGGUUGCAUGUCCUGCUUGAAGGAUAUAGAGUCGAAGAAAUGGGGGUGUCCUAUUUGCCGUGCCAAGAUUAACCAGAUUAUCCGCCUUUAUGCUGUUUGAGCACUUCAAACAGUGGAGCGGCAAGUCACAACUGCAAUUGGGGCUUCUCGCUAAAAGUUUCAAUACAAGGGGUAAUGUUAUACUGCAGUUGGAAGUUUACUAUCACAAACUAUGCCUUUUGUGUCUCUCGAAGCACAACACGGAAGGCAACUUAUGUAUAUACUAGAAUGUAUUGCGUAUAGAAGAAUGUAUGUGCUUUGCCGUGCUGAGAAUAAUUCAGGGGAGCCUUGUAUUGAGUAUUGCUUCUGCUUUGGGUGAUGUGUGUUGUAAGUUCCUAUAGUUACCGGUCAAUGAAGGCAGUGGUUACAAAGCCAGUUUUGCAUA